UGGUGAAAUCUGAUGGUGCAGAAUUGAUAUUUCCCAGAAGCAGGAGCUCCGAUGUUUGCGUUUCCUCCGCGCACACACCCACACCCAUCCCACUGCUCCACAAAACAGCAGCAUCUGACCUGUUUGGUGUCUUAGCGCUCGCCCACGCUGCAGAGCUUUAAUCUGUCAGUUCCAGCUCUUAUCAGGCUCUGAGAAUGACUAUUCGUCUAGACCACAAGUCACUUACAUUUAUCUGAUGUCACAGUUAACUGUAAAUGUGAACAUCUUAAUUAGGUCGCAUGUUUUGUUUGACUUCUUUAAUGGUGUUGUGACAAGCAGACUGAAAAAUUUGCAGCAGCUGCUUUUAGGUCAAGAAAUUGAAAAAAAAUGCUUUGUGGUUUGGAGAAAAAUGGAGGAAAUCUCAGCUGCUGACCGCAGCCAUCAGGCACCUGUCUUAGGAAUGUCAGUGCACAUUAACUCCUUUACUGGAUCGCUUUGUUUACUCUUUGAACCAGACCUCGUGGGCCAACUUGUCCAUUGGUCUCAUGUGUGCAGUGAUCCAUGAGUCAGCCUUGUGUCUGCUGCGCCUGCUGCUUCUGGUGGAGCUGUUCGCCCGUUCCUCGGCUCGUCCCACCCAGAACUUCUCCCUCUGUGGCGUGUUUGGGUCGAUGAUUCAUCAAGUGGACAAAUUGAUCAACUCAUCAAAAAAACUUCAUGGCUUGACAGAUGAUGGACUGAAACAUUUUGAGGUUGUGGAUCACAGGCUGGAGAGUCUACCUCAUAUACGCCACACAGCUGUCCACUUCUCCUCAUUGAAGGUCAAUGAGUCACUCUCUUUACUGUAUGGAUAUACUGAAUCCUUCAAGCUGCAUGAGAGCUGGCUAAAAACGGUGAAAGAAAAUUUCAGUUUGCCUUUUCAGUCAGAUGAGGGCGCCAUCAAUCACCUUGCACACCUGUCCAACCUAAUCGUUGCCUCUUUGCAUCAGAUCAAAGAAGAAGUUCCUUUGUUGCCCUCAUCGCCAUCAUUUCCUGUUGUCCCCACUGCCUUUGAUGCAACCCGGCUUUCCGUGGAAAUUUCUGAGCAGCUAAAAGUAUUUUGUCGUUGGUCCAAAAGGGUUUUAUUGUUGAUCAGAAGAAGAUCUGGCUGCAGCAUAAAGGAUUUGAGUUAAAUGUUUGGCCAGUGCUUUUCCGCUGUAACCACUGUAAAGCGGCUUAUUGCUGGAAUGCAAUAAUGCUAACACAGGAACCCAACUGAUGGCCUGAAGGUCAUGAAACUGCAGCUGUCACAUUGCUCUUUUAAGCAUCAUAUAUUGAGCAAAAUUUCACAACUUUAAUAAUGAUAAAAAUAAUAAUAACUUUAGAUUCCCAAUGAGUUCUGGUUCCACAUCCCAUGGUGCCGUACUAGAAUGUUUACAUGCUACUGUGGGGCAAUUAUGACACUUAACAGUGUACAACAAAAAUGAUUCAUAAACAAGGGGUAUGAAUAAUUUUAUCCAACAAUGUAUGAUCGGAUGUUAGUUUGUAAGACUGUAGCCGAAUCCAGAUACUUUCCCCUACCCCUACAGCUUCUCCCUAUCCCUACAUUUAUCCCUCCAAGCAGAGAGAUAUGGCAAAAAUAGUGUCUUCAAAUUCAAAUGUUGGUACCGCUUGAUGACAUCAUCUGUCGUCAUCUAUGUUAGUGUAUAGUGUACAGCCAUCCCUGAGUCGCUAUGGCUCCUCCUUGAAAAAACACUGACAGACACUGCUACAGCUUCAAAUGCCCCUACAAUUGGAGCAAUAGGGAGGAGCCAGAGGAGCAGGGAGGCAAUCCGGAUUCGGCCUAAAUCGCUACGGCUCCAGUUUAAAAAACACUUUUGGACAUCACUAUAGCUUCAAAUACCCCUACAACUGGAGCAAUAGGGAGGAGCCAGAGGGGUGUGAUUGUGGCCCUGUGACAGGCAGGGGACUCUGGACAGGUGGCCAGUCUACACAGUGGCCGGGAUAGACUCCAGCAGCCCCGUGACCCUGAAAGGGAUAAAAUGGAUUCAAAGAUGAAUGGAAAUACUGAAAAUACUGACAAUACUGGAAAAAUAUUGGUAUAAGGAUUAUUAUGUGCUUUUAAUAUUAGGGAAUUUCUUUGUUGUAACAAUUUUAGCUGGAGCUCAUUUCUAUAAUACUGAUUUAAAAUUCCUCUUGAGCACAGUUUCCAUUUUACUAAGAAUGUUUGACCCGUAUACAGCUUACAUAUGCAGGUUUACUUGGCCGCUAUCUGGCUUUUUAUGACCUUGGCUGAAUAUUGCUUCUUGAAAUAAGCCACAUGUUCACGAUAAGCCCUAACACGAGCCCACCUGACCCAACAGAAAUCUCAAUCAGAGGCCUAAAGGAGGCCGCUGAACCACUUGACCAGUUCUUAGUGUCUAAAGUGAAGUUUAGGUUGAAAAUAAUUAAAAUUAGACCUAUAUUAGCAAGCGAUAGCUUGAUUAAACCUUCACAGUAUUUAUUGGAAAAUUAUUACAUUAAGCUGAAAAUAAAGUUGAGUGCUGCAUACUGGGGUAAAACCAGAAUUAUACCCGGACAGUAAAAGUGAAGCUUCAUAUGGCAGAAAAUAUACAAGCCAAGUUUGCAACAGCUGACUCUUAAGAAAUGCAGUUCUGAACAAGUAAUUUGCUCAAACAUCUACAUUUGAGGAACAAUAAGGACCAUAAUGAUUAGCCAACGGUUUACAAAAAACGCACUGUGCAGAGGUACCUGUUACUUUUGUUCUCCCUGAGACUGUUUACAUUCACCGUGCCUGAUAAGUGUUUAUCUGUUUGAUGAGCUAAAUGACAAAAAAUAGAAAAACAAUUAUUUUUUUAACUGUUUAUUUAGCAUCUUAUUUAUGUAUUGUAUUCAUGUCAUUUAUUAGUGUUUAUUUGGAGAUGCAGGCAUCUCACCUUUAUGUUUAUUCUUUUAUACAGUAUUUAAUAUGGAUAUUGAAGUAUGGUCAUGUAAUCACUUACUGAAUACUAUUUAUAAGGUUUGUAUUUUUUAUACAUUUCGAUUUGUUUAGAAUUUCUUUCAUUAAACAUGACUUUUUAUUUAAUUUGUACUCUUCCAAUAACUGAAAAUAUGUCAUGCAUAUUGUUACUCGAAGACAUUAAAUAUAAAAUUGUUCAUUUUUUAACACUGUGCUUUAAUCAUUGAGUAUGCUCUUCCUGUAACAUGAUGCUGCUAUUAAA